CCUGGUUUCGCUUGUGCAGCCGCUGCAUGCAGCUGCAGCUCAAAGUAGCCGUUGCAGCUCUGAAAUACACUGCUUCUUCGGAACUAGGAAGAAGUGGUUUCGCUUGAGCCACGAUCGCGGCAGCAGCUGCAACGUCCCGACUGCCGACUGCUCGGGGUACCAGUCUGUGCGACGUCCCUGCAGCAUACGUUGGGUGAAAAAUGAAUGUUCAGAGCGUAGAUCGAUUUUCGCGGGACGAGGAAAUGAUGCUAAUAGAAUUAGUGUCUAUGAAUAGAAGCAUAUAUGAUGCUUCUCACAAUGAUUAUAAAAAUAAUUUCAUAAAGGAUAAUAUAUGGCAAAAGAUCGCCUCGAAAAUGGAGGAAAAAACAGAUGAAAUGUGCAAAAAAAGGUGGCGGACGAUUAGAGAUACGUACAGACGACAAAAGAAAAGAGGUAAACUUGGAACAGGAUCAGCAGCUAAAAAUCAACAGAAAUGGCCAUUAGUUUCUCAUCUUAGUUUUCUGGAUAAUGUUCCAGAAGAGAGAAGAAGUUUCUCGAACAUCAUUGAGGAAAGCCUGGAUUUUCAAGCAGUUCAAGAGCAGAACAGUGAUAGUGAAAGCGAAUAUCACCAGACACCUGACGAAUGUUCAGUUCAGUCCCCACCAAUGGUACAAUCUCCAGAUAGCCUUCAAAGCACACCUUCGGCCAGUUCAUCAAAGAAAAGAAAAAAAUCACAGGUUGAUGACGGGGAUAUGCUUCAACUCAUGAAAGAAAAUAGGAAAACGCGGGAAAAAAUUUUAGAUUUUCUCGUUCAAAAUAAAAAUCCGGAAUGUGAAGAUGAUGUAGAUUUAUUUUAUAAAAGCAUUGCUAUGUCUGUCAAACGGUUACCCAAACAUCUUUUAUCUUCGGCGAAAACACAGCAUUUGCAAAUAUUGACGAACUUAGAAAAUGAAGCUGCAAAUCUGCAACAAGGAGUAAUUCGACACACAAGAGUGGAAACGAGUACGCAACCAGAGAGGAGUUUUGACCGGAAUCCGCAUCAAACUUCAUCGCCAAUUAUGCAAAGAUUUUCACAAGGAGCAUUAUUUCCACCGAAUCCUCCAGGAUCCUUAGGAUUUCCUGAAAACGAACGCCAAAUAUUUCCAGAGCGCCAAAGCUUUUCAUCAUAUAAUUACACGCAUUAAUGCACAUUUUAAUGUUCCUUUUGUAUAAUUUUUUUUUGUUACAUUGAGAGAAUAAAAUUUUUGUUUGUUA